UUGCUCUGGUCUUUUUACAGGGGAGUGGAGGCUGGAAGUGGGCGGACGAAACUCCCCUUUCAAACUGCGGCUACAAGGGCUGGGCCCCCGGGGAGCCCGGCAACAACGGGGGGCAGCAGUGCGUCAUGCUGAAGGCAGCAGCCGGCUUCAAGUGGGACAACGCCGGGUGCAGCGAGACGAAGUACUUCAUCUGCCAAACAGGACCGGGAGAUACGGCCGCCUGUGGGGGACAGUCAGCACGAGAAGUGGAAGCUGAUGAUGCGGACCCGGCAUUCGAGUUUAGCGCAGUUGGGGAGGAGGAGGACCCGGAUGUGGAUGAGGACCAGACUGAUGAAAUCCCGCGAGAGCAGCUGGGCGAGACUUGGGAGGACCAGGACGCUGAUGACGUCAGCGAGGAUGAGGUGGAUGAAGACGCCAUCUUGGAAGAGCUCGAUGGUCUCCUGGAGGAGCUGAGGGAGAUUGUUGAGGAGAAACAGAUGGAGAUGGAGGAAUGGGUUGAUGAGAAGUAGUAGGGAGUUAUUAGAGAAUCCUACAAGAGUAAAAGUUAACGGCGAAAGUAGAAAAGUGAAAGUUAUCGGUGAAAGUAACAAAGUUACGUUUUUUUUCUUUAUUCGUCUUCUAUAGUGGUAGAACAUGUGUUGUCCUUAUAAAGUGUUUUGAGAAAUUUCUAGAUGAAAUAUAUUACAUCAAAACAUACAAAGGUUAGCUUUAGCUUUUCAGUGCAACUGUCAUGAAGAAACCGAGAGGGGUUGAGAAAACUUGUAGCUGGGAGGGAGAGAGAGAUGGAGAAAGAGAGAGAGGGAUCUGGAGAGACAGGCAGGUAUAAGAGAGAAAGAGGGAGAGAGCGAAAGGGAGAGAGAAGCAUAACGAUGGAGAGGGAGUCUGGUUGUAAUGACAGCACAUGUUAGUUAAAUUUAAGUUACGUUACGACAUUAUUCUCGGUGAUAAAAGUAAAUAUACUUUGCUGCGUAACUGAUACGUCAGAGCAUGUUUUGUUCUUUGGAAAGGUUUUUACUAGUUAAGAUUAUAACGUUAUAUUUGGUGAAACAAACAAGCAAACGUUAGCGAAGACUGUAGCAGAUAGCAGAACAUGCAUUGUUCCCCUAAGUAUUUUGACUAUAGCUAAGAUACUAAUAUAAGGACUGUUUGCUGUAAGUAUGUCCGUCGAUUUUGAGGUGAUUAAAAUGGGUAAAAAUGGACACAUUA